AUGCUCUUAACAAGUUAUUCUCUCAAACUGCCUCAUUUCUUUCUCUCACCUCAGCUAUCUUUUCUCAUUCCUCUCUUGCUCUCUCUUUCUUUCUUUUUCUCUCACCUCAGCUAUCUUUUCUCAUUCCUCUCUUGCUCUCUCUUUCUUUCUUUCUCUCCCUCAGCUAUCUUUUCUCAUUCUCUCUUGCUCUCUCUUUCUUUUCUCAGCUAUCUUUUCUCAUUCCUCUCUUGCUCUCUCUUUCCUUCUCUCACCUCAGCUAUCUUUUCUCAUUCCUCUCUUGCUCUCUCUUUCUUUCCUUCUCUCACCUCAGCUAUCUUUUCUCAUUCCUCUCUUGCUCUCUCUUUCUUUCCUUCUCUCACCUCAGCUAUCUUUUCUCAUUCCUCUCUCGCUCUCUCUUUCUUUCUUUCUCUCACCUCCCUUAUCUUUUCUCAUUCUCUCUUGCUCUCUCUUUUCUUUCUCUCACCUCAGCUUCUUUUCUCAUUCCUCUCUUGCUCUCUCUUUUUUCUUUCUCUCACCUCCUUAUCUUUUUUUCUAUUCCUCUUUUUCUCUCUUUUCUUUUCUCUCUCCUCCUUCUUAUCUUUUCUCAUUCCUCUCUUGCUUCUCUUUCUUCUUCUCUCACCUCAGCUAUCUUUUCUCAUUCCUCUCUUGCUCUCUCUUUCUUUCUUUCUCUCACCUCAGCUAUCUUUUUUCUCAUUCUCUCUUGCUCUCUUUUUCUUUCUUUCUCUCCCCUCCUUUAUCUUUUCUCAUUCCUCUCUUGCUCUCUCUUUCUUUCCUUCUCUCACCUCUUCUAUCUUUUCUCAUUCCUCUCUUGCUCUCUUUCUUUCUUUCUCUCACCUCAGCUAUCUUUUCUCAUUCCUCUCUUGCUCUCUCUUUCUUUCUUUCUUUUCUCACCUCAGCGUAUCUUUUCUCAUUCCUCUCUUGCUCUCUCUUUCCUUUCUUUCUCUCACCUCAGCUAUCUUUUUCUCAUUCCUCUCUUGCUCUCUCUUUCCUUCUUUUCUCUCACCUCCUUAUCUUUUCUCAUUUCUCUUGCUCUCUCUUUCUUUCUUCUCUCACCUCAGCUUAUCUUUUUUCUCAUUCCUCUCUUGCUUCUCUCUUUCUUUUCUUCUCUCACCUCAGCUUAUCUUUUCUCAUUUCCUCUCUUGCUCUCUCUUUCUUUCUUUCUCUCACCUCAGCUAUCUUUUCUCAUUCCUCUCUUGCUCUCUCUUUCUUUUUUUUCUCUCACCUCAGCUCUCUUUUUCAUUCUCUCUUGCUCUCUCUUUUCUUUCUUUCUCUCCCUCAGCUAUCUUUUUCUCAUUCCUCUCUUGCUCUCUCUUUCUUCCCCUUCUCUUUCUCUUUUCAUUUCCUCUUGCUCUCUUUUCCCUUCUUUCUCUCCCCUCUAUCUUUUCUCAUUCCUCUCUUGCUCUCUCUUUCUUUCUUUCUCUCACCUCAGCUAUCUUUUCUCAUUCCUCUCUCUUUCUCUCUUUUUCUUUCUCUCACCUCAACUAUCUUUCUCAUUCUCUUCCUCUCUUUCUUUCCUUCUUCACCUCAGCUAUCUUUUCUCAUUCCUCUCUUGCUCUCUCUUUCCUUCUUUCUCUCCCCUCUCUCUUUUUCUCAUUCCUCUCUUGCUCUCUCUUUUCUUUCCUUCUCUCACCUCAGCUUCUCUUUUUCUCAUUCCUCUCUUGCUCUCUCUUUCCUUCUCUCACCUCAGCUAUCUUCUCAUUCCUCUCUUGCUCUCUCUUUCUUUCCUUCUCUCACCUCAGCUAUCUUUUUCUCAUUCCUCUCUUCUCUCUCUUUCUUUCUUUUCUCCCCUCCUUCUUUUCUCAUUCCUCUCUUGCUCUCUCUUUCUUUCUUUUCUCACCUCCUCUCUUUUCUCAUUCCUCUCUUGCUCUCUCUUUCCUUCUUUCUCUCACCUCAGCUAUCUUUUCUCAUUCCUCUCUUGCUCUCUCUUUCUUUCCUUCUCUCACCUCAGCUAUCUUUUCUCAUUCCUCUCUUGCUCUCUCUUUCUUUCUUUCUCUCACCUCAGCUAUCUUGUCUCAUUCCUCUUGCUCUCUCUUUUUCUUUCUCUCACCUCAGCCUAUCUUUUCUUUCCUCUCUGCACUCUCUCUUUCUUUCCUUCUCUCACCUCAGCUAUCUUUUCUCAUUCCUCUCUUGCUCUCUCUUUCUUUCUUUCUCUCACCUCAGCUAUCUUUUCUCAUUCCUCUCUUGCUCUCUCUUUCUUUCUUUCUCUCACCUCAGCUAUCUUUUCUCAUUCCUCUCUUGCUCUCUCUUUCUUUCUUUCUCCCUCCUUCUUUUCUCAUUUCUCUUGCUCUCUUUCUUUCCUUCUCUCACCUCAGCUAUCUUUUCUCAUUCCUCUCUUGCUCUCUCUUUCUUUCCUUCUCUCACCUCAGCUAUCUUUUCUCAUUCCUCUCUUGCUCUCUCUUUCUUUCCUUCUCUCUUUUUCUCAUUCUCUCUUGCUCUCUUUCUUUCCUUUCUCACCUCAACUAUCUUUUUCUCAUUCCUCUCUUGCUCUCUUCCUUCUUUCUCUCCCCUCCAGCUAUCUUUUCUCAUUCUCUCUUGCUCUCUCUUUCUUUCUUCUCACCUUUAUCUUUCUCAUUCCUCUCUUGCUCUCUCUUUCUUUCCUUCUCUCCCCUCAGCUAUCUUUUCUCUCAUUCCUCUCUUGCUCUCUUUCUUUUCCUUCUCUCCUCACUAUCUUUUCUCAUUCCUCUUCGCUCUCUCUUUCUUUCUUUCUCUCACCUCAGCUAUCUUUUCUCAUUCCUCUCUUGCUCUCUCUUUCUUUCUUUCUCUCACCUCAGCUAUCUUUUCUCAUUCCUCUCUUGCUCUCUCUUUCUUUCUUUCUCUCACCUCAGCUAUCUUUUCUCAUUCCUCUCUUGCUCUCUCUUUCUUUCCUUCUCUCACCUCUUCUCUUUUCUCAUUCCUCUCUUGCUCUCUCUUCUUUCCUUCUCUCACCUCUCUCUUUUCUCAUUUCCUCUCCUCUCUUUCUUUCUCUCUCCCUCAUCUUUUCUCAUUCUCUCUUGCUCUCUCUUUCUUUCCUUCUCUCACCUCAGCUAUCUUUUCUUUCCUCUCUCUCUCUUUCUUUUCUUUCUCUCACCUCAGCUAUCUUUUCUCAUUCCUCUCUUGCUCUCUCUUUCUUUCUUUCUCUCACCUCAGCUAUCUUUUCUCAUUCCUCUCUUGCUCUCUCUUUCUUUCUUUCUCUCACCUCAGCUAUCUUUUCUCAUUCCUCUCUUGCUCUCUCUUUCUUUCUUUCUCUCCUCUUAUCUUUUCUCAUUCCUCUCUUGCUCUUUCUUUCUUUCUUUCUCUCACCUCAGUUAUCUUUUCUCAUUCCUCUCUUGCUCUCUCUUUCUUUCCUUCUCUCACCUCAGCUAUCUUUUCUCAUUCCUCUCUUGCUCUCUCUUUCUUUCUUUCUCUCCUCAGCUAUCUUUUUCUCAUUCCUCUCUCUCUCUUUCUUCUUUCUCUUUUUCAGCUUUUUUCUCAUUUCUCUCUUUCCAGCUUUCUCUUUCUCUCCCCUCAUUCUUUUUUCUCAUUCCUCUCUUCUUCUCUUUCCUUCUUCUCUCACCCUCAUUUAUCUUUUCUCAUUCCCUCUUUGCUCUCUCUUUCUUUCCUUCUCUCUCACCUCAGCUAUCUUUUCUCAUUCCUCUUUUCCUCUCUCUUUCUUUCCUUCUCUCCCCUCCUUUAUCUUUUCUCAUUUUCUCUUUCUCUCUUUCUUUCUUUUUCUUUUCUCACCUCAGCUAUCUUUUCUCAUUCCUCUCUUGCUCUCUUUUCUUUCUUCUCUUUUCCCUCCUUCUUAUUUUUUCUCAUUCCUCUCUUGCUCUCUCUUUUUUCUUUUCUUUUCUUCUCUUUUUCUCAUUCCUUAUCUUUUCAUUUUCAUUCUCUCCUCUUUCUCUUUUUUCUCAUUUUCUCUUUUCUCUCUUUCUUUUUCUCUCCCCUUUUUUCUCUUUUCUCUUUCCUCUCUUUCUCUCUUUUUCUUUUCUCUCACCUAGCUUAUCUUUUUUCUCAUUCCUCUCUUUCUCUUUCUUUCUCUCUUUCUUUCUUUUUCAUUUCCUCUCUUUCUCUCUUUUUCUUUUCUUUCUCUUCGUUUCUUUUCUUUUCCUCUCUUUCUCUCUCUUUCCUUCUUUCUCUCUUUUUCUAUUCCUUUUUUUCUCUUUUUCUCUUUUUUCCUUCUUUCUCUCACCUCAAUCUUUUCUCAUUCCUCUCUUGCUCUCUCUUUCUCUUUCUCUCACCUCAGCUUUCUCUCCUUCUCUCUUUUCUCUUUCUUUCCUUCUCUCAUUCUUUCUUUCUCUCAUUCCUCUCUCUUUCUUUCUUUCUCUCAUUUCUUUUCUCAUUCUCUCUCUCUCUCUUUCUUUCCUUCUCUCACCUCAGCUAUCUUUUCUCAUUCCUCUCUUUCUUUCCUUCUCUCUUUCUUUUCUCAUUUCCUCUCUUGCUCUCUCCUCCUUCUCCCCUCCUUUCUCAUUUCAUUCUCUUGCUCUCUCUUUUCUUUCUUUCUCCCACCUCCUAUCUUUUCUCAUUCUCCUCUCUUUCCUUCUUUCUCUUUCUUUCUUUCUCUUUCUCUCACCUCCUUCUUUCUUUCUCUCCCAUUCCUUUUCUCUUUCCUCUUUCUUUUCUUUUCUCUCUCUCUCAGUUAUCUUUUCUCAUCCUCUCUUGCUCUCUUUCUUUCCUUCUCUCACCUCAGCUAUCUUUUCUCAUUCCUCUCUUCUCUCUUUCUUUCCUUCUCUCACCUCCUAUCUUUUCUCAUUUCCUCUCUUGCUCCUCUCUUUCUUUCCCUUCUCUCACCUCAGCUAUCUUUUCUCAUUCCUCUUGCUCUCUCUUUCUUUCUUUUCUUUCACCUCAGCUAUUUUUCUCAUUCCUCUCUUGCUCUCUCUCUUUUCUUUCUCUCACCUCAGCUAUCUUUUCUCAUUCCCUCUCUUGCUCUCUCUUUCUUUCUUUCUCUCACCCCUCAGUUAUCUUUUUCUCAUUCCUCUCUUGCUUUCUCUCUUUCUUUUUCUCCCUCAAUUUUCUUUUCCUCAUUCCUCUCUUCUCUCUCUUUCUUUUCCUUCUCUUUCCAUUCUUUCUUUUCUUCAUUCCUCUCUCUUGCUCUCUCUUUCUUAUCUUUUCUCACCUCUUUCUCUCAUCUUUUCUCAUUUCCUCUCUUCCUCUCCUCUCUUCUUUCUCUUCUUUCUCUCCAGCCUCUUUCUCAUUCCCUCUUCAUUCUCUUUCUUUCUUUCUCUCCCCUCAAUUAUCUUUCCUUCCUCUCACCUCUCUCUUUCUUUUCUCUUCUUUCCAUCUAUCUUUUGCAUUCCUCUCUUGCUCUCUCUUUCUUUCUUUCCUCACCUAUCUUUCUUUUCAUUCCUCUUUUGCUCUCUCUUUCUUUCCUUCUCUCACCUCAUCUCUUUUCUCAUUCCUCUCUUGCUCUCUCUUUCUUUCUUUCUCUCACCUCUCUCUCUUUUUCAUUUCCUCUCUUGCUCUCUCUUUUCAUUUCUUUUCUCCCCACUUUCCAUCUCUUUUUCUCAUUCUCUCUUGCUCUCUUCUUCCUCUUUUCUUUCUCUCACCUUUCCUCUUUUCUCAUUUUCUCUUGCUCUCUCUCAUUCCUUUCUCUCCCCUCAUCUUUUUCUCUUUCCUCUCUUUUGCUCUUUCUUUCUUUCUUUCUUUCCUCAGUUAUCUUUCCUCAUUCCCUCUUGCUCUCUCUUUUCCUUCUCUCCCACCUCAUCUUCUUUUCUUCUUUCCAUCUCUUUGUCUUCUUUCUUUCUUUUUCACCUCUUCUUCUUUCUCAUUCCUCUCUUCUUCUCUCUCUUUUUUCAUCUUCUUUCCAUCAUCUUCCUCUCUUCUUUCCAUCUUUCCUUCUCCUCUCAGCUAUCUUUUCUCAUUCCUCUCUUCUCAUCAUUUCCUUCUCUUCUUUCAAUCAUCUUUUCUCAUUCUCUCUAUCAUCUUUCUCUUCUUUCUUUUUUCACCUCCUCUCUUCUUUUCUCAUUCCUCUCUUUUCUCUCUCUUUCUUUCUUUCUCUCACCUCAUCUAUCUUUUCUCAUUCCUCUUUUGCUCUCUCUUUUCUUUCUCUCACCCUGCUAUCUUUUCUCCAUUCCUCUCUUUGCUCUCUCUUUCUUUCCUUCUCACCUCCUUUAUCUUUUCUCAUUCCUCUUUUCUCAUUUCUUUCUCUCUCUUAUCUUUUCUCUCAUUCCUCUCUUUCUCUCUUUCUUUCUUUUCUCUCACCCCUCAGCUAUCUUUUUCUCAUUUCUCUCUUUUCUCUUUCUUUCUUUCUUUCUCUCACCUCAUUUAUCUUUCUCAUUCCUCUCUUGCUCUUUUCUUUCUUUCUUUCUCUCACCCCUCAGUUAUCUUUUCUCAUUCCUCUCUUGCUCUCUCUUUCUUUCUUUCUCUCACCUCAGCUAUCUUUUCUCAUUCUCUUUCUCUCUUUCUUUUUUUUCUCUCACCUCAGCUCAUCUUUCUCAUUCCUCUUUUUCUCUCUUUCUUUCUUUCUUUCUCUCAUUAUCUUUUCUCAUUCCUCUCUUGCUCCUCUUUCUUUCUUUCUCUCCUCAGUUAUCUUUUCUCAUUCCUCUUUGCUCUCUCUUUCUUUUCUCUCACCUCAGCUAUCUUUUCUCAUUCCUCUCUUGCUCUCUCUUUCUUUCUUUCUUUCUCUCACCUCAGCUAUCUUUUCUCAUUUUUUUGCUCUUGCUUUUUCUUUCUUUUCUCUCUCACCUCCUUUAUCUUUUCUCAUUCUCUCUUGCUCUCUCUUUUCUUUUCUUUCUCUCACCUCAGCUAUCUUUUCUCAUUCCUCUCUUGCUCUCUCUUUCUUUUCUUUCUUUCUCUCACCUGUUCAUCUUUUUUCUCAUUCCUCUCUCUCUCUCUCUUUUCUUUCUUUCUCUUUCCUCAGCUUCUUUUCAUUCCCUCUUCCUCUUUCUUUCUUUCUUUUCUCUCUCACCUCAGUCUAUCUUUUCUCAUUCCUCUUCUCUCUCUUUCCAUCAUCUUUCUCUCUUCUUCCAUCAUCUUUUCUCAUUCCUCUCUUCCUCUCUUUCUUUUCUUUCUCUCUCACCUCCUUCUCUUUUCUCAUUCCUCUCUUGCUCUUUCUUUCUUUCUUUCUCUCACCUCAGCUCUUUUUUCUCAUUCCUCUCUUGCUCUUUCUUUCUUUCUUUUCUCUCACCUCUUCUUUCUUUUCUCAUUCCUCUCCUCUCUCUUUCUUUCUUUUCACUACCUCAGCUAUCUUUUUCAUUCUCUCUGCUCUCUCUUUCUUUCCUUCUCUCCCCUCAGCUAUCUUUUCUCAUUCCUCUCUUGCUCUCUCUUUCCUUUCUCACCUCAGCUAUCUCUCCAUUCCUCUCUUUUCUCAUUUUCUUUCUCACCUCCCUCUUUUUCUUUCCUCUUUGCUCCCUCUUUCUUUCUUUCUCUCACCUAUCUCUUUUCUCAUUCCUCUCUUGCUCUCUCUUUCUUUUCUUUCUCUCACCUCAGCUAUCUUUUUCUCAUUCCUCUCUUGCUCUCUCUUUCUUUUCUCUCUCUCCUUUCUUUUCUCAUUCCUCUCUUGCUCUCUUUCUUUUCUUUCUUUCUUUUUUCUCUCACCUUAGCUAUCCAUUUUUUCUCCCAAACUGCUUCCUUCCUCUCUCUCUUUAUCCCCUUAGCCAUUCAUCUUCUCUCCCAAACUGCUUCCUCUCUCUCUCUAUCACUUUAGCCAUCUUUACACUCAAACUUCCCCAUCCCUCUCUCUAUCACUUUAGCCAUUUUUCUAUUAAACUUCCUCAUUCUCUCUCUCUUUUCACCAUACCAUCUUUACACUCAAACAUCCCCAUUCCUCUCUCUAUCACUUUAGCCAUCUUUUCUAUUAAACUUCCUCAUUCCUCUCUCUCUUUCACCAUAGUCAUCUUCUCUCCCAAACUGCUUCCUCUCUCUCUCUCUCUCUCUCUCUCUUUUAUCACUUUAGCCAUCUUUACACUCAAACUUCCCCAUUCCUCUAUCACUUUAGCCAUCUUUUCUAUUAAACUUCCUCAUUCCUCUCUCUCUUUCACCAUAGUCAUCUUCUCUCCCAAACUGCUUCCUCUCUCUCUCUCUAUCACUUUAGCCAUCUUUACACUCAAACUUCCCCAUUCCUCUAUCACUUUAGCCAUCUUUUCUAUUAAAUUUCCCCAUUCCUCUCUCUCUCUCUCUCUCUCUCUCUCACCUUAG